UAGGAGAGAGCUAGGGCUGGAAGGGAGGAGAGGGAGAAGGCUCUCGGGCGGUGAGAGGUCCUGCCCAGCUGUUGGCGAGGAGUUUCCUGUUUCCCCCCGCAGCGCCGGGUGAAGUUGAGUGAGUCACUCGCGCGCCCGGACCGACGACAACCCCGCGCGCGCACACGGCCGGGGCAGGAGCCGGCCUCCUGCGCAGCUCCCCUCGGCCGCCGGGGGCCUCCCCGCGCCUCGCCGGCCUCCAAGCCCCCCUCUCGCGGCGGAGCCGGCAUCACAUCUGGCCCACACAUCUGCCCGGUCGGCAGGGCGCAGGGUCCCGAGAGGGCGCUGCGCGGAGGCGCAGCCAGGGGUCCGGGAAAGCGCCGGCCGCUGCGCUCUGGGCUCGGUCUAUGACGAGCAGCGGGGUCUGCCAUGGGUUGGGGGCUGCUCAGGGGCCUGUGGCCGCUGCACAUCGUCCUGUGGACGCACAUCGCCAGCACGAUCCCACCGCACGUUCAGAAGUCGGUUAAUAAUAACAUGAUGGUCACUGACAACAAUGGUGCGGUCAAGUUGCCAAAAUUGUGUAAAUUUUGUGAUGUGAGAUCUUCCACCUGCGACAACCAGAAGUCCUGCGUGAGCAACUGCAGCAUCACGUCCAUCUGUGAGAACCCGCAUGAAGUCUGUGUAGCUGUCUGGAGAAAGAAUGAUGAGAACAUUACACUCGAGACGGUUUGCCAUGACCCCAAGCUUGUCUACCAUGAUGUCCUUGAAGAUGCUGCUUCUACAAAGUGUAUUAUGAAGGAAAAAAUGGACGGCAAGACUUUCUUUAUGUGUUCCUGUAGCACGGAUGAGUGCAAUGACGUCAUCAUCUUCUCCGAAGAAUAUUCCACCAACAACCCUGACUUGUUGUUAGUCAUAUUCCAAGUGACAGGCAUCAGCCUCCUACCACCACUGGGCAUCGCCAUAGCUGUCAUCAUCACCUUUUACUGCUACCGGGUUCACCGGAAGCAGAAGCUGACUCCUUCCUGGGAGACCAGCAAGCAGCGGAAGCUCAUCGAGUUCAGCGAGCAGCUGGCCAUCAUCCUGGAAGACGACCGCUCGGACAUCAGCUCUACGUGUGCCAACAACAUCAACCACAACACAGAGCUGCUGCCCAUUGAGCUGGACACCCUGGUGGGGAAAGGUCGCUUCGCCGAGGUCUACAAGGCCAAGCUGAAGCAGAACACAUCAGAACAGUUCGAGACCGUGGCGGUCAAGAUCUUCCCUUAUGAGGAGUAUGCCUCCUGGAAGAUGGAGAAGGACAUUUUCUCGGACAUCAACCUGAAACAUGAGAACAUCCUCCAGUUCCUGACAGCUGAGGAGCGGAAGACGGAGUUGGGGAAGCAGUAUUGGCUGAUCACCGCUUUCCACGCCAAGGGCAACCUACAGGAGUACCUCACGCGGCACGUCAUCAGCUGGGAGGACCUCCGCAAGCUGGGCAGCUCCCUCGCGCGGGGAAUUGCUCACCUGCACAGUGACCACACCCUGUGCGGGAGGCCCAAGAUGCCCAUCGUGCACAGAGACCUCAAGAGCUCCAAUAUCCUAGUAAAGAAUGACUUGACCUGCUGCCUGUGUGACUUCGGGCUUUCCCUGCGUCUCGACCCGACUCUGUCUGUGGAUGACUUGGCCAACAGUGGGCAGGUGGGAACUGCAAGAUACAUGGCCCCAGAAGUCCUAGAGUCCAGGAUGAAUUUGGAGAAUGUGGAGUCCUUCAAGCAGACAGAUGUCUACUCUAUGGCGCUGGUGCUCUGGGAAAUGACGUCGCGCUGCAACGCAGUGGGGGAAGUGAAAGAUUAUGAGCCGCCAUUUGGUUCCAAGGUGCGGGAGCAUCCCUGUGUCGAAAGCAUGAAGGACAAUGUGUUGAGAGAUCGGGGACGACCAGAAAUUCCCAGCUCCUGGCUCAACCACCAGGGCAUCCAGAUGGUGUGUGAGACUCUGACCGAGUGCUGGGACCACGACCCAGAGGCCCGUCUCACGGCCCAGUGUGUGGCAGAGCGCUUCAGUGAGCUGGAGCACCUGGACAGACUCUCGGGGAGGAGCUGCUCCGAGGAGAAGAUUCCCGAAGACGGCUCGCUAAGCACUACCAAAUAGCUCUUUCGGGGCAGGCUGGGCCCAGUCCAAAGAGGCCGCCCCUGUUGCCAAAGAACAGAGGCAGCAGGAAGCUGCCCCUAAACUGAUGCUUCCUGGAAAAACAGGGGUCACGCCCCUCCCUGUAAACUGUGGGCUUGAGCAGAAACAACAGUGGCAGGGAGUGGGUGACAUGAAGCAUUCUAUGCCUUUGACGUUGUCAUAGGAUAAGCUGUGUUAGCAGUUCCUCAGGAAAUGAGAUUGAUUUUUACAAUAGCCAAUAACAUUUGCACUUUAUUAAUGCUUGUAUAUAAAUAUGGAAUAGCUAUGUUUUAUAUAUAUCUAUAUAUGUCUAUAUCUAUAUAUGCAGCCAUACUCUGGAAAGAGACAAGGAAAAAGACCAGGUAUUCCCAGGAAAUAGGUUUGAUUGGAGAGCUCCAGAGCCGAGCGCAGAAGAAGGGGUCCAUGACAACAUUAGCUCUUGACAAUCACACACGGGAUGGUUCUCUGUCGACACAAGGGGGGACUGUGCAUUAGGGGAGAGGCUCCAUGUCUCCAGCCCGCUACGACCACGUUCCACUUGCUUUUGCAAAAUAAUUCUCUGUGUGUGGGUCCUCGUCUGGCCAUGGAGCUACUUAUAGUCACGCUGUUUAGGGACCAGAUCCUGGGGUGCUUGUGUGCCAUUAUUUCUCCUGGGCUAUUCACUUCAGCUUCAACCCCCACAUCUGGUUUAUGAACCACCUUCCUCAACCAGCUCAGAAACUUUGCUCCAUCUAUAAUAGUUUAACUGUCUUGAGCCCCAUUUUUACCUGUACAGGCUACAGAAAAAUCAGGACAAAUGUCCUCAUCCAUGAAAUUGCCAUACCUUCUACUAAAAAAAUAGUCAUACAUAUUAAUUCCCCCCCCCCCCAUAUCUAUGUUACUAUUGACCACUCCCAGCCCUCUCCCUUUCCUGAAAGGGAACAGAUCUCUCCUCCAGGAUUCAUCAUGUUUCAUUUUUCACCACCCUUGGUUUGAGUCUAUAUUUCUAUGCAACACCAGGAGGUUCCAUCUCCUGGGCUCCUGAAUGCUCACGUGUAUUUUGGCCUAGUGGAAAGGAUUUGAGCUGCAUGAUAUGGCCACAAUCAGGAGUUUCGGAACAAGUGUUUUGCUUGGCUAGUGCGGCGUUUGACAAAAUUGAGCUACUUUUUAAAUAUUUGGAGACUUUACUAAAAAAAAAAAAAAAUCUGGAUCCUCAAGUGAGAAUAGAUAGCAGAUGGUUUCCAAUUUUCUCCCGUUCACAUCAUUCACUAAAUGAAGUUGUGGACACACUUAUAAAGCUGCUUCACUUCUUGAUAUAAACAUUUGCAUUUUCUGUCUAACCCACACCCCAGUCUGGGAAUUAAACCUGCCGCUAACCAAAGUCCUUUGUAAGAAAUGUGCACUCAAGCGGUCAUCCUCGGGCUGUAUAAUAUAUAUAUUUUUUUUAUUGGGGAAUAUUGGGGAACAGUGUGCAACCCUGUUCAGAGCUCACGCUCCAACCAAAUGAGCCAUCCGGCUGCCCUGGGCUAUAGAUUUUGAUUCAUUCCCUCCACUGGCCCUGGUGGUAAGAUUUGAGGUUGGCUUUUUUUUUUUUUUUUUUUUUGGACUAAAGGGGACCUCCUGUAAGAGGUCCCAGUUAACAGAGGUUUAUUUUGUCUGUUUAUUUAGAGCUUUCCCCUCUGUAUUAAGGAGGGGAGCCCUUUACUCCCAGAAGCUUUCGUCGUGGCUACCAGUCUGCCCACCAUAAUAACCACCCUUCCCAACCGUCGCAGAAUGUGCUAGUGAGGGUUUGAGUGUGGGACACAACAACCCCAUUCACAGUUAGGAAAUCUGUGUUCACGUGGAUAAGAAGAAAGAAUGAGCUUUAAGACUCCACAAGAAACUUGUUAAUUCACACACAAGUGUUAAUGCUGCAAAUAAUGUCUUUUUACAAAAUGUUUUUGAAGCUACUUAAUUUCAACCAAAUAGGAAUAUUAGUGAGGGACUAGCAGGGAGCACAUCAGCUCUAUUUUGAUUUUGGAAGGUCUCCGUUCAUUGGGGUUUUAGCAGUUUGGGAUUAGGUGGAACUCUUAGGCACCCUACUCAGUGGGCGUGGGCUGAGACAGUUAAGGACGGUUUCGCUGCAAAACCAUGGAAGUGCCCAGCUACUCCGCGCACUUGAAAGCUGCUUGAUGCCGUCCCAAUAGCUGUUGCCCAUUGACCUCUAGUGGUGAAUUGCUAGAAUACUGGUCCAUUACUGGGAUCUUCCAAGAUUCAAGAGUUUUAUCAUUUCUGGGUCAUCAUCAGCAUAAACUGGAAUGUAGUGUCAGAUGAUACUGUGGCCUGUUUUGUUUAUGUUUUGUUUUUUUUUCCUUAUUCAAGAAAAAGACCAAGGAAUAAUAACAUUCUGUAGUUCCUAAAAAUACUGACUUUUUCUUUUUACUACUAUACAUAAAAGGAAAGUUUUAUUCUUUUAUGGAACACUUCAGCCAUACUCAUGUAUUAAAAUAGGAAUGUGAAUGCUAUAUACUCUUUUUAUAUCAAAUGUCUCAAGCACUUAUUUUCAUACUGUGCCUCAUUCGUCUUUUAUAUAAAUAAAAUGUUUAUGAGAUUGAAUAAAGCAAAAAUACUCAGGUCAGCUUCUUGCUUCUUGUUCCUAUUCAUAAUAGCUAAGACUGUGAGCCUCACUUGGUUAUUUUGCAGUUUAUACAGAAAAAUAUCACAAGACAAAUCCUCUCUAUCUUUCCCAUAUUCAUCGUCUUGUUCGAGUGACAGUCUCAGGUCCCUUUUUUAAACAAAAGCAUUCACAGUCGUUUAAUAAUAGAAGAUGGAGCAGAUGCUACUGGUGGCCUGCCCCUUAUCCCAGGGCCCUGGCAAGGCUCCUGCCUGCCCAUCCCUCUCACCCGGCAACCUGGAAGCUGCCUCCAUCCACACGGCUGCCUUUCCAGGGCUUGGCACAGCCGAGGCUGCGGCUAAGAGCACAUGUCUGAGUCUUAUAUUUUCUCCUUGCCUUACACUAGCAGCUGGCUGCUACCUUUUUGACUCCUGCCAGGAGUCAUGCUGCCUCCCUCCUUCUUUCUACUUAGCCAC